AUGCAUUCUCUUCACAAGAUUACCUUCUACGGAGAGCAGAUUUACACUUGCGUCACCGAUGAUCCGUCCGUCGUGACUCGUUGGAUUAUGGAGGUUGAGCGCGCCCACCUGCUCUGGCUGAAUCGGCUCGUCGUUGGACUCGACAUCGAGUGGCGCCCGAACCUCGAGCCUGGCGUCGUCCAUCCUGUGGCUACCCUACAACUGUGCGUCGCCCACAGCUGCCUCAUCUUUCAAAUUCUCCAUGCUGAGUACGUCCCCGCGUCGCUCCAUGCAUUUCUCGGUAAUCUCGACUACACGUUCGUCGGCGUCGGCAUCAAGGAUGACGCAAUGAAGCUGAGCGACGACUUUGGGCUUGUCGUGUCCCGCAUGGUCGAUCUCCGUGGGCUGGCGGUAGGGAGGUGGCGGAACCCGUCAUUGGGUUAUAUGGGGCUGAAGAAAUUGGUUAAAGUUGUGCUCCGAAAAGACCUUGAGAAGCCUAAAGAGAUUACGUUGAGCCAUUGGGACGAGAAGACAUUGACAGCUCCUCAGGUAGAGUACGCGUGCCUCGAUGCCUUCGUCACUUUCGAGCUCGGAAUGGCUUUGCAAGCAUGGCUAGUGGGUAGAGUUCGUGUCGGUUGGUGUGUCGGGGCAAACUGCGUGAUCGUACCUAAUAUGGUCGCCCCUAUUUUCCCUCAUCAAGUUCGCUCAUGA